AUGGAUGAAUGCAAUAAAGUUCAUUCAAUACCCGAGAACGAUAAGGAAAAUAAUGGAAAGGGAAAACAAAUGAGCGUGCGAAAAAUUAUCUCAGAUUACAGAGAACGAACGACAUUUCAUGGUUUUCGCUAUUUCAUCCUCGGUGGAAGUUUUAUAAGGCAACUCAUCUGGCUCGGUUUGAUUUUAUGUUCUUUUGCCUACUUCACUUUUAACGGUAUUAGACUUUUUAUUAAUUUCUUGAACUUACCGACAAUGACAAAGAAUGAAAUUAUCACAAAACAGAUGAUGUUGUUUCCAGCUAUAACGGUAUGUAAUUACAACCCAAUAAAACAAAGCAAGUUACAGCAGCAUAUAACCACGCGAAUAGCCAACAUCGUGUGGAUAUUGACAAAGUAUAUCAAAUGUAUGGCCAUCGUAUGGAUGAAAAUGGAAUCUUUGUUAGCUGCAAGUGGAGAGGAAAGUCUUGCAGCGGAAAAGAUUUCAGGUCAACCUCACAAAGUAUGGGGCUCUGCCAUACAUUUAACUCAGGUAAAAAUCACGUUAUGA